UGCCAUGCACUUGACCAUUUUCAGAGUCAGAAUUUGUACCUUCACACAAUGGAGUUUUGGUUACAUUCCUCUUAAACAAGUUCUCCCAAUUUAAAAUAAGAAGAUUUUAAAUUAAUCGUUGACUGAAGACAGCAGUUAGAAAUUUAUUGAACAGUAGUUCCACCCCUUAUAUCCAAUUAAUUAAUCAUGACUCCCAAUUCCUCCCCGACUAAAACCACCCCAAGUUGUUCAAGUUCGAAUUUGAAGGAAAAUUUAGCCCCGUCGGGGAACGAAAGCACUUUUAACCAAGAGAAAGAAAUUUGUCCCGAAAAUUUCAACCAGGCCGUUAACACUUCUCAGCAGAAGGAAAGUUUAUCACAAGAUGUACGAAUUUUUCAGUGCAAAAUUUGUGAUAAAAUUUAUACAGCGGAGACCACGUUGGUCAUGCAUUACGAGAAGACGCACAACCUCUUCAGAUGUGGUCGAUGCGAAAAGGAGUACUCUGUGAGGGACGAACUAACUCGUCACGUCAAGGUCACCCAUCCCUUGGAGGAAUUCGGAUGCAGUAUAUGUGGAACGAGUUUGAAGAAUCAGGAUCAACUCGAUGACCACGUCAAGGCGCAUAUUGGAACAAUGGGUACUUUUGCAUGUCCAGCCUGCCCGAAAAUGUUUCUUUCUCUGGUUGAUUUAAAAGCUCACAUGGGGACCACCCACACAUCUCUAAAGGUCUGGAAGUGUUCCAAAUGUUCCAAGGAAUUCAGGAAAAAACGGAUCCUUCGAAUUCAUGAGAUUCGAAAGCAUAAGCCAAAUCUCCCCAAAGGAAUUUUUGCCUGUUCAAAAUGCCCCAAAAAAUUUAACCGAGCCAAGCAAUUAGGAAGGCACGAGAUCUUCGUCCAUGCCUCGAUUCGGGGUGAAUUCCCAUGCCCUAAAUGUCACAAGAAAUUUAAACUCGCGUCACACCUAACAAGACACAAAAGAAUCGCACAUUCGAAGAAAAAACCAGCAAAGAUUUCGUGCCCCCUGUGUCCCUUAGAAUUUAAAAGGGUCUCUCAGAUGAAGUAUCAUAAGGUCAAGGUGCAUGCAAACAUUGCAUGUCCCACGUGCCCCAAGAAGUUUCUGUCGAAAAAAGGGAUGAAAACACAUGCAGAAAUUUGCAAAGCUUCACUGAUUGCGAAAAGUCCCUCGUCAUCAACAAGCAUUCGACAAAUUCGCACGUCUUCGCCGUCUACAAGCAGUGGAAGAAUUUCGCGACCCUCGUCGUCUACAAGCGGUCGCCAAAUUUCCAAGCCCUCGUCAUCAACAAGCAUUCGACAAAUUCGCACGUCUUCGCCGUCUACAAGCAGUGGAAGAAUUUCGCGACCCUCGUCGUCUACAAGCGGUCGCCAAAUUUCCAAGCCCUCGUCGUCUGCAAGCAGUCGAAAGAUUUCUAAAGCUUCACAACCCUCGUCGUCUGCAAUCAGUUAUAAAAUUUCCAAAACCUCGUCGUCUGCAAUCAGUCGUAAAAUUUGCAAAGCCUCGUCGUCUGCAAACAGUCGACAAAUUUCCAAAACUUCGUCAUCUAAAAGAAGUCGACAAAUUUACAAAGCUCCGCGGAUUGAAAUCAGUCCCAAAAUUCGCAAAUCGUCGGGGUCAACAAGCAGGCGACAAAUUUGCAAAACUUCACCUAUUGCAAGCAGUCCCCAAAUUCACAAAUCGUGUACAAUCAGGCGAAUAAUUUUUGACCCCUCGUCAUCUUCCGACAGUGAACAAAUGUGUACGCCUUCACCGAUACAAAAACCUAGACCAAUUUGUAGGGUAGCACCCAUCAAUAAAAAUCCACAAAUAAACGCACUUGUGUCAUUAAAAAAUAAUUCAACACCACAAGAAAAAUCUGCAAAUUUUCAAAAACGAGAAAAAUCCCAAGUAAAGAAACUAACCCUGACACCGACACGGCCUAGCGAUAAAAAUUCCACGAACAUAAUGCGAUACAGUUGUUACGUGUGUCGCAGAAUUAGUCAUAGUUUCGCCCAGCACUGUGCCCACAUUCGUACCCACACGGUUUAGGACUAUUUUUUGCCUUGUCCACCAUUUCAAACAGAAUAUGAUCUUGACAUUUACGCAUAUGAUGACCUACAAAUAUGUACAUAUUUAUGUAGGAGAAAGUGAGAGACAAAUUAACACGAGGUUUGGACAUUAUUAAAAUAAUUAAGGAAAUCGAAGGCAUAUUGCUUAUAAGCAUAUUUACAUAUCAUGGCUGACGUUGUAAAGUAAUUUUUGACUUUAUUAAUUAAUUUAAUAUAUCUUCAUCAUUUUACAUAUGUACCCAUGUAAAAAUAUUAAAGUUACUGAUAUUUGUGUAUUUAUAUAAAUUAUGAUAUAUUGUUAAAUGUAUUGUUGCGUAAUUAUGUGGAUAUGCAUACAGCAUACAUAUCACAAUUAUUGAUUCGUUGAAAAUAUUGUGCUUGGUGCUACGUAGAUUUUGUUUUUACAAGUACGAAUUAUCAAAUGUGCAGGAAGAAAUAUUUAAUAUGUGUAAAAUUUAGUUUGAUAAUCGUGAUAUGUGUGAAAAUUUUAAAAUAAAUGUUUUCUCUUAUUA